CAAAACCGAAGGUUACGGUUUUGCAAGCCUCCGCGUCGACGUCGUCGUUCCUCCUUGUUUUCUUCUUCUGUUUACAGAUGGCCCAACAAGAGGGAUUACAUCUCGGAGAAGUCGCUGACGGCCGUACGAAAUGUCAUCGAAUUCCUGAAGGAAGACGUGAUCCAGAGGGACAUCUUCAGAGCGACCCGUCACGACGCGGCCGCCCUGCAGAUCGCCAGGGAAUUGCACAGGGGUGGACCUGCCCUGUACAGGUUGUUGGAUGAAAGCAGCGUCAGGGAUAUUGCCGGUGGAUUGCUGUACUUUCUCAUGUGCCUGAAGAAACCGCUCAUUCCGCUCCACAUUCAGGCUCUCGUUUUGGAUCCGGACAACAGGAGCGUCAACCCGGAAGUGGUCGCGCAGGACGCCCUCGGAUUGAUAAUGCAGGAAGUUGCCGGAAGACAGCUGAGACUCGUCCAGCACAUCCUGGAUCUGCUGCACCACGUCCUCAAGUACACGCCGACAGACGAAUUGGCCGGUUGCAACGUGCCCAUCUCAAUGAUGCCCGUCUUUUUCAAUCUUCAGGCUGAACACAUCUCGCAGUGGCGGAGGGUGGCCACCAUCUUCGUGGAGUUGAUCCGUUACGCACCGCAGCAGCUCAACAUCCAGAGCAACGUCGAGCCGACCAACAAUCUGAUCAUACAAAAUUUGGCGCGCGACGAGCACUUCGGCAGAGCGAACAAUUUCAUCCUGCAACGGCUCGACGAUAUGAGCGUGGUGCUGCGAAGAUACAUUGCAAGAACAGAUAACAGAGGAGACGCCACCUGCUUGGAAGUAUACGAACACCGGAUAAGGACCAAUAUUCAAGCGCACAGAUCGAAUUGUAUUUGAAAUCAAUAAAUUAGUUAAUAAUAAUUAAAAUAAGAAAGGUUUUUCAUGAGUAACUGAAACAAUCACGGAGACUGACUCCUUUCGAAUGGGCGCGAAU